CACACGUAAAGUUUGGCGGGAACUAAGGUUUACAACAUGGCGCAGACAUUUGUGAGUGAUUUCUUUCGUUCGACCAAACAAGGUCCCAACCACCAUCCAUCUAAAAGAAGAAAACUUGAUUCAUCGGCUGUCGACAGUAAAAUCGACGUCAUUGAUCACGAGUCAAAUGGCGAAAAAGAAACUGGUGGGACUCAGGAUCGUGACGAGAAGCAAGAGACCAUCGUUCUUGACAAGCAGUUGGGUCUAUCAGCGAAGUCAUCAAGAACAUCUGCUAGUAAAAUGAGUAAGGCAUCCAGAACAAGAAAAACAAGGAAAGAUAAAAGAACGGGCAUCUCGAUUCAAACGACAAUCAAACAUUUUUCUGUAUCGACGCCACUCAUUUCCAACAAAGAAGAUCUUUCUUUGCAGCAGACCAAGUUUUCUGAACCCGAAGAAGCUACGUCUUGUUGGGAUGAGCACGAUGGACCUCAGACACCUCGUAAAAAGACCUAUCCUAUCAACAGCCUUGAUGUUCCUGACAGAACAGAAGCAAGACCACACAGACGAAGACUCAGAUCUAAGAAAACUUUGGAAGACAUCACGCCAGAAAAAACUGAAGCGAGUGAACAUUCUAAAACAGAAAAACGGACCCAUGCACUUGCUGCAUCCAAAAAGUAUACAGAACUGAUGGAAAAGGCUUCAGAUCAAGCUGUUGGCAGUGGUAUAAAAAAUGUCCUGCAAAAUAAAUCCAAAUCAAAUGGCAACAAAGAUGAAGACAACGAUCCUUCUCUACAGACUUGCUUUAAUGAUUUGGUUGGAGCAAACACAGUACCCAUCUCACCUUUGCCUGACACACCUGAGUUGGUACGGAAGAUGCAGUCAAAGAAUUUGCAGUCUGUCAAGUCCUUGCAGCUAAAGGCUGCAAAUGAGAAAUGCAAACAACUGAGUGAGGUCCCAGAAACUUCUACAGCUCAAAAGGAGACUAUUUCACCGGAAGUUAUUCGAGCCCGCUUAGAAAAAUGUGGGAAGUUGGAGCUGCUGAAGUCAAAGCUUGCAGAAAUGAAUAGCACCUUGAAAGCCGUCAGAAAGAUUGAGGAAGAAAAAAACAAAUUGGCAGUAGCAGCUGAUAAACUUGCUAGCACUUCUGCAGGAGAAAAGUCUACUUUAGACAUUCAGCCUGUCACAGAGCCUAAAGCAGUGCCAGCAUAUGAGCGUUUUGAGUACCUGGCACGAGAAGGUCCUCCCAAAUUGGUUCUGCCAGGCAAGUUCCAGAGGCUCCUCUCAAUGUUCCAGAGCACUGACACUGUGGUCAGCAUGUUGUUCAACCGACAAGAGACUAUCACCUUCACCAAGCUCCAGACUGCUGUCCAGUCAAUGACCAGAAAGAACUUUGAUGAAAAGACUUUGGGACAGAUAAAAACUGUUUACACUUUAGCAUACAACUACCGGCAAGAAAAGGAUGUCCCUUGCUUUGGCAAAAAAGCUUCAGGAUACCAGCUCACUGUGGAACCUAACUUGAAGGAUUGUGGAGAUAAAGGUGCAGUCGAUGAAGAUGGUAGACCUAUAUUCCAAGCCUCAGCGCUGCUGAAGAGGAAACGAAUAUUUCACAAUAAUUUGUUUGACACAACUGUUAAACAUCAUAAUGACUUUUUGUCCAAAAUGAAGCCUUCAGUACAUGUAACAGCUGCUGAGCUGACUCGCUGGCAUCCACGUUUUCCCUUGGACUCUGUGCCUGAUAUUGCACCAUCCCUGUUGCCACAACCCCCAGUAAAAUCUUAUCAGACUGCUAGACAGCUACUUGAAACCGCAGGAGAAAAUCUUCCCUCCAGGGUUAAACAAGCUGUGGAAAAUGUGGCCACUAAUGAAAGAAGUGCAACCAGCUCUGAACCAUCAUUAUCCAGGAAUCUUGCUAAAGAUGCUGCACCUUCUGUAUAUAAGGGCAUUCCACUGGCAUUGUUGGAAAGGAUUCGUGCCAAAGAGGCUGCCAGAAUAAAGGCAGUUCUUACUCGUGAUCCAGCUGAGGAUCGAAAAACAGAAAUGAUGCGACGACUUCCAGUUAUGAUCCGCUCUUUGAGCUCAUGCUUUAUAACAGAGAAGAAACCAUCUUUGUCUCUUCCUAUUGUUGUUGAGAAACUAGCAGACAGCUACACCACAUGCAUCUCCCAGUCGGAUGUUGAGGCACAUUUGAAACUCUUGCGAGAACUUGUCCCACACUGGCUGCAGAUUAUAGAAAUAUCCAGUGGACAGUAUGUCAAGAUUGAUAAGAAUGUUGACAUCAUGUCAAUAAUCAGCAAAAUUGAAAACAUUGUGAAAAGUAGGAAAUAGAUGGCUGCUGCUGAAAUGUCGUGCUUGCGUUUCUCAUGUGUUUGUUGUCUUUAUGCUAUUUUAUGGUGUGCAUGUAAUUCUGUUUUAACAAGAUAGUUUUCUUUGUGUUGCAAGCCAUAAAAUAAAAUCUAAGGAGUCUACAGUGUGUUUGACUGUUAAAAUUAUUUUUUUUUUUUUUUUUUUUUUUUGUCACUGAAUAGUGGUUCUUUUGGUUCAAGAAAUGUAUGCAAAUGGGAUAGGCUGGACAUUCUUGGCAUUCCACAUUCUGGAUGGGAGGGGGAGAAAGCAAAGGAAGAUGUAAACUAAGGAAGCAGUUCUGUUGUGGAAUGGGAAAAAUUUUAUGGCAGGAUAUUGUUAAGUUAUAUAUGAGAAAGUUUUUUAAAAUAUUCAAUAAAAUUUGUACUAAAGAGUACUGAUUGUACCACCUGAGCAACUAUGUUGAAGUCUUGCUUAAUUGUUAUAGUUCAAUAGUAGUAGACAAACAGGCUUACAAUGCAACAUUUUUCUUCAGUGUUACAGAAUAAAAAGCUUCCCUUUGCUGCUGAUAAAAACAGAUGUUCAAAUGCAUUGACCAUUGGUGUCAACUGCUGUUCCCUUUUGCAAGUUUUGGUUUAUGUACUUUGUCUCUUAUGGCCUAAUGCAAAGAUUAUUUUGGAGUCCUGUCCAACUGCUAACAUUGGUGUAUGAAUUCAGCGAUAUGUGCAUCUAUGAAAAUUCAUGCUGUCCUGUUUUAACCAGUUUUGUCACCCUGCCAAGUAAGGGACAUCAUAUCUCGUCAAAAUUUGAUUAAAAAAAAAUUGUCCAGUGAAA